UAGCAUGGACUGGUGACUCUGUGGGGAAACUUUACGGCACGACUCCAACACCACAGCAGGCAUAUGCAUGCUGAGGCUUAGUCAACCUGGAUUUCUCAGUGCAAUAGUGAGAAAACCACAAGAGUCAUGUUGCAGCCUUCACAUCGCAGGGGAAGAAGCCUCUCUGAAGCCCUGACCUUGGAGCAGUUAGAGGAGGGAGGGGUGGUCAUUUCCAGUAUCAACAAUGUCUCAUCCGGCAAAGGACUAAAGGAAGGGGAUGAAAUUCUGGGGGCAACAAUCAAUUUUGAUCAACUGUCCAAAGAAGAGGUGUCAAAAGUACUGAAGCUGAUGGAGCCAUUUGAUGAUAAAGUUCAAGUCCUCACUCGAAGCAACCGGAGCAAGAGCCUUGACAAUCUGGACCAGUGUACCAAGGGUCCUGGGGCUAUGCUGACGGAUUCCUACAACAAACUGUACAACACCAAAAUCAAGAAGUUUUUGAUGGAUGAUGGACCCAGUGUUGAAGGGGGCUACGUGAAUGGGGAGUUUACUGCCAAACCACCUGUACAAAGCUCAUCCAAGGUCAACCAAAGAAAUGACAUGGGGCUGCCUCGCCUUGGAGUUGACUUUGGACUUCUGAAAUCCAAGACUUUAAUCACAGAUGCUAAUGCUGAUUCACACUCUUAUGAGGGAAGCUUAACAGAUGGCAGCAAUCUGAAUCUUCCACCGCUAGGUCUUGGCUUGAAUGGGACUAAUCUAAGUGAAGCUCAGGUUCCAAGAUUCAAAAUCGGUGCCAGAUGUCCAGAUCUAUACUUACCAGAAGACCCAAAUAUCAGCACUACAUCUUGUAUGCAAUUGCAAAAUACUGACCACCCAUCAUUUGACAAUGCAAUGCGAAAUCUUGAAAAUCCUCAAAUUGGACUUGAAGUUCCAGAAGUAGAUGUAGGCCUAAAAGGUUCAAACAUUUCUACCCCUGAAAUGGGGAUAGACCUUGAUGGCAGAAGUUUCUGUGGUCCAUCUGUUAAUUCCAGCGUUCCCAAAGUGGCCAUUGAAGGAAGAAACCAGGAAUUCAAAAUGCCUACAUUUAAACUGCCAGAUCUGGGCCACUCAGGAUCUUUUUUUAGUGGUCCAGAAUGUGAUGUUAAGCAUGAAGGCACACCAGGGAAACUCAGUCUAAAUUAUUCCAAGAGACUGAAAAACCCAGAUCUAAAUUUGGAUGAUUCUACCAGUUAUGUAAAAUCACCCAAGCUUAGGCUGUCUGGGAUAUCACCUGAUUCAGAGCAAGGAAUGUUGGGUAUUAAUGUAUCAAAACCAGAUAUCAGUGGGACAGACUCUGACAUGCCUUUAAGUGAAAUCAAGAUGUCACACAAGAAACCAAGGAUUUCUCUUAAAUCUCCUGAUUUAGAUUUGGAUGCUCAAUCUGGCAUGCUCAAAAGUGACGCUGAUGUUAAAACACCUGACCUAAGAUUGAAAACAUCAAAACUAAAAGGUGGCAUGUCUGCACCUGAUGCAAACAUUCCCAAAGCUGACCUUAAGGGUGAAAAUUGGGCCACUGAUGCUCCAUCAGUUAGUAUUAAAGGUCCAUCUGGAAAAUACAAGGCUCCAACGUUUAGAAUGCCCAAAUUUGACUUACCAGUCAUUCAGGUUCCUGGUUUGAAUGGAGACUUGGAUGGACCCAAUGGACAGCUUUCAGGUACACUGCCUAGAGGGUCAAAUUUAAAACUAAAUGCACCUGACAUAAACAUGCCAAACAUUGACCUCAAAGCCCCAAAGCUGAAAAUGGAUAAACCAAAUGCCAACUUGGACUUGCCAUCAGGCAAAGUUAAAAUGCCAGAGCUUCAUGGUCCAGAUUGGGGUGUUAAUGCUCCUUCUGGGAAAUUAAAAAUGCCUAAAUUUAAUCUGUCAGGGACACUGCCUAAAGGA